AUGGGUUAUCUGACGAAAGGAAGUCCCUAUGAUGCAAAAGUUGUUUCGAUAGAACAUUUGCCUCAAGGCAAAUGGAUUCAGACUCGCAAAAUCAACUACCAAGAUCCUACAGGGAAGAAUAGAGAGUGGGAAAUGGCUGUAAGAACAACUAGAACCGAUACCACGAAUGUCGAUGCAGUCGCUAUCUUUUCGGUCUUAUGUCACCCUGAUAAGCCUAAAGAAGUUGUCUUAGAGAAGCAAUUCAGGCCCCCUACUGAGAAGGUUAUAGUGGAAUUGCCAGCUGGUUUGGUUGAUCCAAAUGAAUCAAUUGCCACUACAGCUAUAAGAGAGUUGAGAGAGGAAACUGGUUAUCACGGUGUGUUUAAGAGGCAGUCAACUCUCAUGUUUAACGAUCCAGGGCUUUCCAAUGCUAAUAUGGUUGUAGCUUUCGUUGACGUUGACCUUAAAGACCAUGCGAAUAUUGAUCCAAAACCAGAAUUAGAAGAGGGGGAGUUCAUUGAGACGUUUUCAUUACCUUUGGACAAUUUGUUGGAAGAGUUAGAGGACCUUCUGAAGAAGGAAGGUUGUGUUGUUGAUGCUAGGUUAUAUCAUUUAGCAAUCGGAUUAGAUGUUGCGAAAAGGCUCUAA